CUUAAUACGGAGUACAUAUUAGAGAAUCAUCAAAAGGAAGGGAGAAAUUUUUAGCCCAAAUACACGGAGGCUAGAAAGAACAUUGAGCUUGGGUGAAGGUGUUGGCCCAUUAAGCAGCGGCCGAACCCUCCAAAAUUCGGAUACCUGUCCAACCCGCCCCGAGCAGUCCCGGGUCUGCACAAUUUGAUUGUUUCCUGAUUCCGAGCUGUUUGAUUUCUCCCUGCGUGGUCUCGCCAUGGCCACGUUCACCCACCUUUGAUGCUUCUUCUUCUCCUUCUCAUCAACGCUUGGCCGUCUCCCGAUCUCCCCGGCGAUCCAAGAACAACCCCCAAUUCAUGAACGCCGCCGCCUCCGCGCGAAAUGGUAAACCCUCCCAGACUCAAAUCUCUUCAUUAUCUGAUUCGUCGCCGCCGGACCAGUGAUAACGACACUCGCUCUUCAUACACGAGUUCUCUUUAUUUUUCAUCGAGGCCGCAUGUUUGUGAAUUGGCCGAGUCUCAUAGAAAUCAAGAACAGAGUGUAAAUUCAUCACUGGACUUGGUCUCCAAGGUCUGUGGAAUUUUGUCGAAUCGUCGGAUUCAGUGGAAACAGAGCGAGGAGCUGGACUCCUUGCGCCCUAAGCUGAGACCCCACCACGUUGCGAGGGUGGUUGAGAUCCAUGAGAACAGCGACACAGCUCUCCAGUUCUUUUAUUGGGUUUCUAAGAGGCAUUUUUACAAACAUGAUAUGCAUUGUUAUGUGUCGAUGCUGAAUAGGCUCUUGAGGGAGAAGAAAUGUGAACAUGCUGAUCAUGUCAAGAUUCUGAUGAUAAAAGAUUGCAGGAACAUGGAAGAAAUGAUGAGGGUUGUUGAGUAUUUGAACGAGAUUAGGAAAAGGGGCCUCGGGCAUGGUUUGUAUAGUUAUAAUACUCUCUUGAUUCAGCUAGCCAAGUUUGACAUGGUUGAGGCUGCUCAAACUGCUUUCAGAGAAAUGAUAGACAACGGGGUCCAUCCUAGCUUGCUAACUUUCAACACAAUGAUAAAUAUAUUGUGUAAGCAAGGGAAGGUGAAGGAGGCUCAAGGGAUAUUGAGUCAAAUAUAUGGGAAUGGGAUGCUUCCAGAUGUUUUCACACACACAUCCUUCAUGCUUGGGCACUGCAGGAACAUGAACAUAGAUUUGGCCUUUCAUGUUUUCAAUCAGAUGGUAAAUGAGGGAAUUCACCCAAAUGCAGUAAGUUAUGCGACUCUCAUAAAUGGGCUGUGUAGCCAAGGGAGAGUUGAUGAGGCUUUGAUUUUGCUGAAGGAGAUGAAUGAGAAAGGGGUUGAACCAACGGUGUACACAUACACUGUUCCGAUUACUUCAUUAUGCGCGACAGGACGUGUAGAGAAGGCUAUCGAUCUUGUGUUGAUCAUGAGAAAGAGAGGUUGUAAGCCAAAUGUUCAAACAUACACCGCCUUGAUGAGUGGGCUUUGUUGUUCUGGUCGUCUUAAGGUAGUGAUUGGGUUGUUCAACAAGAUGGUCAGAGAGGGUGUGAUUCCAACUACAGUAACAUGCAAUGCUCUAAUCAAGGAAUUAUGUGAUGAGAGAUUAAUCAGUGCCGCCCAUAGUGUUCUUCGGUGGAUGAAGGCUCAUGGUUACCAGCCAAACUCUAAAACCUGCAAUACCCUCAUUCAUGGAUUGUGUACAGUGGGAAAUAUGGAGUGUGGAAUGGUACUUUUCAACGAAAUGUUAAAAUCGGGCCCCACCCCAACAGUGAUCACAUACAAUACGCUUAUAAGAGGAUACCUUGAACGGGGUCUCCUGGAGAAUGCUGUUAGGCUGUUGGAUAUGAUGAAGAAUUGUGGGGUUAAGCCAGACGAGUGGACUUAUGCAGAGCUUGUUUCUGGUUUCUUCAAAAGGGAGAAGAUUGAUUCGGCUGUAGCUUUCUUUGAGGAAAUGAUCACACAAGGGUUGAGUCCAAACAAGGUUAAUUACACGACAUUAAUAAACGGUCUUGCUAAAACAGAAAAAAUAGAUGCUGCGAUUGCUUUGUUCCAAACAAUGGAGAAGAACGGCUGCAGUCCAGGAAUUGAGACUUACAAUGUGAUUAUAAAUGGUUUAUUAAAAGAAAACCGGAUUUCUGAAGCAGAUAAAAUGUGGAAUACAUUUUCUGAAAGCGGUCUGGUCCCUAGUGUCAUCACAUACACAUCAUUGAUUGACUGGUUGUCGAAGAAUGGUGAUACACAAAAUGCAUUUAAAAUAUUCCGAGAAAUGGAAAAGGGGAAUUGCUUGCCAAACUUGUUCACUUAUAGCUCACUCAUCCACGGUUUAUGCCUCAAGGGCCAGGCGGAUGAUGCUGAGAUUCUACUUAAAGAAAUGGAGCUGAAGGGAAUAGUUCCUGAUCAUGUCACAUAUACUUCAUUGAUGGAUGGAUUUGUGGGUUUGGGUAGGCUAGAUCAUGCCUUCUUACUUCUCUCCAAAAUGAUUGAUAGUGGCUGCAGACCAAAUUAUAGAACCUUUACAGUGCUUGUGAAGGGUUUGCAAAAUGGGAAGGAGUAUGGUAUUGAUGCUUUAUUUAGGUUAUUAGAUCGAAUGUCGACAAUUGCUUGUGAACCCAAUUUAGAUACAUAUUCUGCCUUAGUGGUUGGACUUUGUAAAGAAGGCAAAACUGAUGAAGCAGAGCAGUUAGUUGCACAUAUGCUGGGAAAAGUGGAUCUUGCUCUGGAAAUUUUCCACUCAAUGACUUCGAAGGGCAUUUUACCUUCCUUGAAUAUAUAUCGGCUACUUAUUUUGUCUCUUUGUAGAGCACGGUGGGUAGAUGAUGCUGAAGCUUUGUUUAUUGGUGUUCUUGAGCAACAGCAUAACUGUGAUGAGAUUGUUUGGACCAUCCCUGGUUGAUGGUUUGCUCGAGGGAGAGUCAGAAAUGUGCAUGAAGCUUCUAUAUAAUCUAGAGUCCAAGAGAAUUAUUUUUCUUGGACCUGAAGGAUUUGAAACAUGGUGGUGUCUGAUAUGUGGAUUAGACAGCCCUCCUUGAUGCAUUGGUUUUUUUCUUUAAUGCAUCUCCCGGACAGAACUGCUCUGCGUGGCUUUCCCCUCCCAAAUUCAAUGAUCACAGAUUGUGAAAUUUCAUCUCAGAUGAACAUCCAUCAGACAUAAUGUGCAGUGGCAGAUUGCUGCCUGAGCUCCAGCAGCUAGUCAUUUUCAGAUCAUUCCAUAGAGAAGAGCUUGUGACGUGUCCAUACAUUCGGCUUUACUAUCAACGAUGAACCAUGAAACUUUGAGGUAGGAAAAACAACCUUAGAUGUACCCUCAUACCUAUUCAGGUAUUCAUUUCAUUUUUGUACCACAUAUUCUUUUUAGUUGCCAUUUUUUAAAAAUGAAAUUUGAAGAUGUAGCAGAAGUACAUAGGUUGCAGUGCGAAAUGUAUAUUGUUGGCAUAUGUUAGUUAUGUGUUAGAUUAGCGUGAAGGUGCUUCUCAGGACCUUCAUAGGAAUGCAUUGGAAGAUUGCCAAGAAAUAGUUGAGAUUUUU